UCCUUCCAGCUCUGCCGAGGUCUCCGCUGAGGUCAGCCGGCUGCGUCCUCCGGAAGCUGGAACCCCCAAUGGCGGCCCAGGGUGUCCUCUGGGUCCUGCUCGGACUGCUCCUACGGCUGGAGCCAGGAACAGCGACCCUGCCCCUGGUCAUGGACUCCGUCAUCCAGGCCCUGGCUGAGCUGGAGCAGAAGGCGCCAGCCACUGAGGCCAGCCACACUGCCUCUGCGUGGCUACUGUCAGCCCAGGACUCAGGCCCCCACGACGCCCUCCACCACUUCCUGCUGGAGGGGCGACGUCUCAAGGCCACGGAGCUGGACCCCCCUCCACUGAGCCCAGAGCUGCGAGGCCUGGCCAAGGAGGUGGCCCGACACGGCGUGCGGGACGGGCAGGAACACGGGGUGGUGCUGGCACCUGACGGCUCGACCGUGGCUGUGCAGCCUCUGCUGGCGGGGCUGGAGGCAGGGUUGCAGGGGCGACGGGCUGUCAGCUUGCCCUUGGAGAGCACGGCCACCCCUCCAGACGCCAGAGCCCCCUCUCCAGCUGCUGGAGGCUCAGUUCCUGACGUCAGAGUCCCCUCCCCAGGAUGCAGGGAUGCCUCUGCAGACGUCACCUCUACAGAUGCCAGAGCCGCAUUCCCAAACGCAAGAGCCGCAGACCUAGGCAUCACAGCCACCUCUCCAGAUGUUAGACCUGGCUCUCCAGAUGUCCCAGCCUCCUCACCAGGUGCCAAAGCCGAGUCCCCAACUACUGUGGACAGCCUCCUGGUGGUCACCCUGGCCAAAGACCUGGGCCUGACCUUCCUCCAGGGCCCCCAGACCCUGAGCCACCCAGGCCUGGGAAGUGAGGGCUGCUGGGACCAGCUCUCUGCCCCCCGGGCCUUCACGCUCCUGGACCCCCAGGCAUCGCCACUCACCACGGCCUUCCUCAACGGUGCCCUGGACGGGGCUCUCCUUGGAGACUACCUGAGCCGGGCCUCUGAGCCCCGGCCACCCCUCAGCCGCCUGCUGAGCCAAUACUAUGGAGCUGGGGUAGCAGGAGACCCAGGGUUCCGCAGCAACUUCCGACGGCAGAACGGAGGGGCUCUGAUUUCAGUCCCCACCCUGACCCAACAGGUGUGGGGGGCCCUCAUCCUGCUACAGAGACUGGAGCCAGCACAGGCUCCUCAGCUGCAGGGCCUGAGCCCAGAACAGUUGGUGCAGGUGGCCACCCACGCUUCCACAGAGUUCAUGGAGGCCUUCCUGGGGUGCCCGGCCAUCCACCCGCGCUGCCGCUGGGGCGCGGCGCCGUACCAGGGCCGCCCGACGCCGCUGCAGCUGCCGCUCGGGUUCCUGUACGUGCACCACACGUACGUGCCGGCGCCCCCCUGCACCGCCUUCGAGCACUGCGCCCGCAACAUGCGCUCCAUGCAGCGCUUCCACCAGGACACGCGCGGCUGGGGAGACAUCGGCUACAGUUUCGUGGUGGGCUCGGACGGCUACGUGUACGAGGGCCGCGGCUGGCACUGGGUGGGCGCGCACACGCGCGGUCACAACUCCCGCGGCUUCGGCGUGGCCUUCGUGGGCAACUACACGGCCGAGCUGCCCACCGAGACCGCGCUGCGCACCGUGCGCGACGUGCUCCCGCGCUGCGCGGUGCGCGCCGGCCUCCUCCGGCCGAGCUACCGGCUGCUCGGCCACCGCCAGCUCGUGCCCACCACCUGCCCCGGCCACGCGCUCUUCGACCUGCUGCGCACCUGGCCGCGCUUCGACGCGAAUGUGAAACCAAGAACUGCCAGGAGGGCUUCCAGGAGAGGACCCCCCGCCAUGAUCCUGCCAGCCACAGACCUCCAAUAAAGGGACCAUGGAAAGAAAGCCCGUGUCCACGCACCAUGUGUUUGCAUGUGUUGUCUUAGUUUGGGUUUGCCCGGAGGCACACCCUGAGACAAGAAUUCCAGGGCAAGUAGUUUAGGAGGC